GGGGGCGGGGACCCGGAGCAGGAAGAUGGCGGCGGCGCAGGAGGCGGACGGGGCCGGCAGCGCCGUGGUGGCGGCCGGGGGAGGCAGCUCUGGUCAGGUGACCAGCAAUGGCAGCAUUGGGAGGGACACGCCAGCCGAGACCCAGCCUCAGAACCCUCCACCCCAGCCAGCCCCCAACGCCUGGCAGGUCAUCAAAGGCGUUCUGUUCAGGAUCUUCAUCAUCUGGGCCAUCAGCAGCUGGUUCCGCCGAGGGCCGUCCCCUCAGGACCAGUCAGGCCCUGGAGGGGCCCCACGUGUCGCCAGCCGAAACCUAUUCCCCAAAGACACUCUAAUGAACCUGCACGUGUACAUCUCAGAGCACGAGCACUUCACAGACUUCAACGCCACCUCGGCGCUCUUCUGGGAGCAGCAUGACCUGGUGUAUGGUGACUGGACCAGUGGAGAGAACUCUGAUGGCUGCUACGAGCACUUUGCAGAGCUUGACAUCCCACAGAGUGUACAGCAGAAUGGCUCCAUCUAUAUCCAUGUCUACUUCACUAAGAGUGGCUUCCAUCCAGACCCCCGGCAGAAGGCCCUGUACCGCCGGCUUGCCACUGUCCACAUGUCCCGGAUGAUCAACAAAUACAAGCGUAGGCGAUUUCAGAAAACCAAGAACCUACUGACAGGAGAGACAGAAGCUGACCCAGAAAUGAUCAAGAGGGCUGAGGACUAUGGCCCUGUAGAAGUAAUCUCGCACUGGCACCCCAACAUCACCAUCAACAUCGUGGAUGACCACACACCAUGGGUGAAGGGCAGUGUGCCACCCCCACUGGACCAAUAUGUGAAGUUUGAUGCCGUGAGUGGUGACUACUACCCCAUCAUCUAUUUCAAUGACUACUGGAACCUGCAGAAGGAUUACUACCCCAUUAAUGAGAGUCUGGCCAGCCUACCACUGCGUGUCUCUUUCUGCCCGCUGUCACUAUGGCGCUGGCAACUCUAUGCUGCACAGAGUACCAAGUCACCCUGGAACUUCUUAGGUGACGAGCUGUAUGAGCAAUCGGAUGAGGAGCAGGAUUCAGUGAAGGUUGCUCUGCUGGAAACCAGCCCGUAUCUUCUGGCACUCACCAUCAUCGUCUCCAUUGUCCACAGUGUCUUUGAGUUCCUGGCUUUCAAAAAUGACAUUCAGUUCUGGAACAGUCGUCAGUCCUUGGAGGGGCUGUCAGUGCGCUCCGUCUUCUUUGGCGUUUUCCAGUCCUUUGUGGUUCUCCUUUACAUCCUGGACAAUGAGACCAACUUUGUGGUACAGGUCAGCGUCUUCAUUGGGGUCCUCAUCGACCUCUGGAAGAUUACCAAAGUCAUGGACGUCCGGCUGGACCGGGAGCAUAGAGUGGCAGGAAUCUUCCCUUGCCCAACCUUCAAAGACAAGUCCACCUAUAUUGAAUCUUCAACCAAAGUAUAUGAUGAUAUGGCGUUCCGGUACCUGUCAUGGAUCCUCUUUCCCUUGCUGGGCUGCUAUGCCGUCUACAGCCUUCUGUACCUGGAGCACAAGGGCUGGUACUCCUGGGUGCUCAGCAUGCUCUACGGUUUCCUGCUGACCUUUGGCUUCAUCACUAUGACACCACAGCUCUUCAUCAACUAUAAGCUCAAGUCUGUGGCCCAUUUGCCCUGGCGGAUGCUCACCUACAAGGCCCUCAACACUUUCAUUGAUGACUUAUUUGCCUUUGUCAUCAAGAUGCCUGUCAUGUACCGGAUCGGCUGCCUGCGGGAUGAUGUGGUUUUCUUCAUCUACCUCUACCAACGGUGGAUCUACCGCGUCGACCCCACCCGUGUGAACGAGUUCGGUAUGAGUGGAGAGGAUGUCUCAGCAGCGGCAUCCAGGGCCCAGGCAUCCACUGCAGCAGGGGCUCUCACACCUGCACCCAGCACAGCUGUCAGCGGAGAGGAUGCCUCCACAGUCCCAAAGGCCACUUCUGGGGCCUGCACUGCCAGCCAGCCCCAGGAAGCCCCUCCAAAGCCAGCAGAGGACAAGAAAAAGGAUUAGCCACUGCAGUCCUCCUUAUCUGCUCCUGGUGACUGACCACCACCACCUCCCGGGCCCCUCCCUUACCCUCUCUGUCGCCCUCUUCCUGGACAGAUCAGGCCGGGGCGGCAGGAGGCCCCCAGGGCCAGGGCCCGGUGUGUGAGAUGGGGCCGGGCAGGUUGGGGCUGGCUGUGUGUAUGUGGAGGCACCGUCCAUCGUCUUGUCUAUCCGUCUGUUCCUAUGUGUUUGCAGACAUCUCGCCCUGCCAGCCCAACACCAUCGGGAAUCAUGGUGAAGCCAAUAUGGCGCCGAGGGUGGGCCAGGCGGGGAAGGGGCCAGGGCUCCUCUGUGGGACGCCUGUGGUCCUCCAUCAUCUUGUCCCUCAUCCCCCGACCACCCUGCUCCCAGACCGCCACCCUUUAACACAGUCUGGAUUUAAUAAAUUCAUAUGGGUGUUUAACUUAAGCUCAACCACCGCACCUCCUCUGCCUUCCUUGUCCGGACCAUGCAGCUGGCUCAGGUCUUCAAGAGACCUGGAGGUGAUGACGGAGUGGAAUCUGGGGUUGUUCAGCAUUUAACACCCUGGGUUAACCCUGUGCUGCAUAAAACAGUGGUGUUGUAUGCCUGUAAGUCAGAGCUAACUUAGAUGGCAGAGGCUUGCAAGGUGGCUCAGUGGGUGAAGGUACUUGCCAUGCAACCCUGAUAACCUGGCUUUGCACUUCCAUUGUGCUACAAGGCCACACAACCUAAGUUGAUCACCAAACCACACAGAGGCAGGAGGGAAGCAACUAUAGUGUUAUCUGACCUCCACACACACACUGUAGCACACAUACCCAAACAGGAUAACUGCCCUGCAAGAGGUCUCCCAAAACAGUUCCAUCUUAGACUCCUACAAGGCUGCUGGCUAAAAGCAUCUGGUAUUUGUGGCUAGCUGUGUGCCACCAGGCAGGACCUGAAACACUAAACACCACCAAGUCUGCCUGUGAAUCAAGAGGCUACCCCCAAGAAGGACAAGCCCUAUUUAACACUCCUCAAUGGAGAAAACAGAAUGGGGCCUGUAUGCACUUAUCUGGGCCACAGCAGAGUGAGUCCUUGGGUGUCAUUGCAGUGUCCCUCAAGAGCCUAACUGUCCAUACCAGGAGCAGGGCCUGCUUACCCUCUCUAGGAGAAUGACAGCCAUUGGGGGUACUCACUACACCUUCCCAGACUGUAGGAUCAGCAGUGCUGCAAGGAGGCACUGGCCCAACCCCAGGUUGCUUCAGGCUCCACCUACUUCUCCCUGCUGAGUCAAGCAGGGAUGGUGCCUCACAGGUAGGUAUCAUACCCACUCUCCUUGCUGGGCUCCCCUUCCACCUGCUGACCCAGUGCUCUCAGAAGACAGCUAAUGUGAUCCCCAGGGGGCUGCUGCAUGUCCCCAGCCUUUGUCUCAUGCUCUGCCACAGCCUCACCUCUAGCCCCAGUCUCUCAAGUCCUUUCUGGGACACAAGUACCUUCAGGAUACAAUUGGUGGUGUUCCCAGGCACCCCUUACCGCCUAGUCCUGAGGCUCUGCCCACUGGUACAUCAUGGCAAGGAGACUUCCUUCACUGGACCAAGACCUGUGAAAACAUGACUGUAUCCUAGCCACUCUGGUGCCAUUUGCUUUCACGGACAUCUGGACAUAUCCAGUGCCCUUAUUGGGGUACUGGUGGAUGGGUCUCUAUUAACCCUUCGCAAGUCUGUCUGGGCAAACAGCACAAAACAGUUCUGUGUACACAGUAGGACCAGCAUUCCAUGGCAGUUCUGAGGAGCUCACAACUUAGCAGAAUUCUAGGUAGUGUUGGGCACAGUGGUUAUUCCCCAUCCUUGAUUUUGAGAGGUCAAUCCAGAUUUAAAAACUUUCAGCUAGCCUGGGCUACAAAACAAGACUUGGCAUAGUGGCACACACUUGUAAUCCUGGCACUUGGGAGGUGGAGGCAGAAGGGUCAGGACAUCAAAGUCAUCCUCACUGCUUUGAGUUGGGUCUGAGGGGCUGGAGAGAUGGCUCCUCUGUUACAGGCUAGGCUCACAACCAGAAAUAGAAGCUGGGUCUGAGGCCAGCCUGGGCUAUUUAACACCUUGUUUGAAAGAAUAAAAAAUGGAAAACACCAUGGA